UGUUGUAAUGUUAUUAAUUUUCAAAUUUCGUAAUCUGCUGUUGUUUGUCUUUUUUUUUCUAGCAAUUUUCAGUCUUAGUAAUUAUUUUGAAAGCAGAGGAAAUUAGCAUUUGAAUCAAGAUGCCACGAGAUUCACGGGAACUUCUUCCAACCACUUUUGACAGGCGACUACACUUUUUGGAGAAGGAAAUACUGAAAAAGGACCAACAGAUAGAAUCAUUGCAAAUAUUGUGUGAGAAUGGGCAAAGGGAAUUAAGCCAAACUAAAAUUGAAUUAUCUGUAGCAAAGUCUUACAUCAAUACUCUUCCUACUCAACAAAAAGUUGUCAAACUAAAGAAUAUUAUAUCUGACCUGAAUGAAGAGAAGGAACAACUCACUCAUGAUUUUCUUACCCUUAAAGAAUUAAACUCUGAUUACAAUUUUAAAAUAUUGGCUUUACAUAAAGAAGUUCAAGAUAAAGAAAAUGCUCUUCAAAGCAAAGCAGAUGAAGUGGAUGCUCUCAAAUACACCAUCAAACUAUGGGAGAAUCGAAGAAAAGCUGCACAGGAAGCAGGACAUGUAACGGUUGAAGAUGUAGUUGCUGAGAAAAUGAAGCUACAACAACAAUUUCAAGAUAUGCUGAAAAUAGCCGCUUGUCGUGAACAGUAUUUUAAGGCUAGGAUAGAUAAGAUGAAGGAUCAAGUUGAUAAACAUAAACUUGCCUUCGAUAGUCAAAAAGAAAAGUGUACCUCAUUACAUUCGGCAGUGAUUCUAAAAUUAGAAAAUGAAUCUGAAAAAAAUCGAUUGGAAAUAAAAAGGCUCACCGAAGCUAAAGAGCGUUUAGAAGAAGCAGUCUCUUCCUUGAAUUGUAAACUAGCAGAACAUAAUGCUUGCGAAAUUAUUCGAAAGAAAACGGAUGAAUGUGUGAAAAUCUGCAUAGCGGGGAUUUCAAAAUGCCAGAAAUGUGUAAAAAGAUUGAUAGAUUUCAUUAACAAAGCAAUAUCAAAACAGUUUUUGGAUCCUUCACUUCUGUUCUCCACUGGCGAUGAUUGUUUUGAGUUCGAGUCUGAAGAUGGAGAAAGUCUGAACAAACUAGCAGAAAAGCGUAUGUCGGAAAUCAAUGCCCUUGACAAGCUGGUAGGAAAUUGUCAAAAAACUAUCACUGAUAUUUACGUUUCCAAUUUGAGUAAUUCCGUGGAAAGCCAGUGCCAGGUCCAGUGACAAUCAGCAAUCCUGUAAAAAGGUAGAAGUAUCGCCAACGAGACAAGGGAUUAAUGUGAAUAGAAUAAAGCCCCAAUUAUGUAUUUUUAACUUGUAUAUAAGAAUCAACAGAAAAAAGUGAAAUAAAACCAAAUAUAGUAUAAAUCAAA